GGUGGUGCACACAAGAUCAAAACUAAAGCAACGUGAUGCGUCAACGUCGCUGUACUAGCAGCAAACAGAGCCGACUUCGAGUUUACGUUCAGUUCUUACCGAUUCCUGCUGGGAAUCUCGCCGCAUAGAGAGAGGAACACAGGCUGUUAGGUGGUGAGUUUCAUAUAUCAUCAUCCAACCACAGCUCAGAACAUUCCUUGCAGCAUUUGACCCCAGCAUUGAUCUGAAGGAGACGGUCGCCAUGGGAACCAGCGGCAGAGCUCAGCCACUCUGCAUCAUGGGAUUCCGCUUGCUUCUUAUCAAUGUCUUCCUCCCGGCUGUUUACGCAGAGUGGUCUGGAAGUCUCUCUGCCUAUGAAGUGUCAUCCUUUGAAAAUCCCAUCAAGCUGUCAGAAAUUGUGAGGACUCGUCUAGAUCACUUUGAUGUUGACCAGGACAUUGGAGAAGUGUAUGUUGGGGCAGUGAACUACCUGUACAAACUCAACAAAGACUUGAAGCAGGUUGCUAAUGUAAGCACAGCCACGUGCUAUGAAGAGACUUGCCGGAAUUACAAUAAAGUUUUGGUGUUACACGAUGACAGGCUUAUCACAUGUGGCAGUGAAUUUGUUGAAACACCCAGGCUGGAUCAAUGCCAGUCAAGGAGACUAAGAGAUUUAGUCGGUGAUGGCAGUCAGAGAAACUUGAUUGUAUCAUUUGGUAUGAGAUCAACAGCAAGCAUUGUUGCACCUGGAAAGUACAAUGGUAACCCAUCUACUCAACUCUAUGUGGCAACAUCAUACUCUCCUCAAGCAGAAUAUGAACGUGUGCCUCCUAUUACCAGACGACUGCUUGUAACUGGCAAUGGAUUCAUGUUUGCUGAUGGUGAGGAUACUGUCAGUUUCACUGAAGACUAUACAAAUUCAUAUGACGCCAAUCCUGCACCCAUCGGUUACGUCAGUGCAUUUACCUGGAAGGGAUUCACCUACUUUGCUACAACGCAAAGGCAAAGUUUAUCAUCCGUUCACCGUUCGCGUGUUUCCAAACUAAUUCGCCUCUGCCACAACACCGAUGACGUUGACUCUUACACAGAGAUUUUUAUUGACUGCAGUGGAUCCAGUGGUACGUUCAGUUUGGUGCAGGCUGCUCAUGUUGGACCAGCAGGCCCCCAUUUGUCUGAUUCACUAAUGUUAGACAAUGAUGAUCAGGUGCUGUAUGCUGUCUUUGCCAAAGCAUCAUCAUCUGAUGACAAUCCCAUCGCAGACUCUGCACUGUGUGUUUACAAGAUGAGUGACAUUGAAGCUGCAUUUAAAGAGGCUGUGAGGCAGUGUCUGAAUCAAGCUGAUGUGAAUGAAGUACCAUUUUUUUCAGGAACAGUGUGUAAUGACCAGAACAUUCCCGACAGCAGCCCAUAUCUGUGCAAUGCAGGGAACAGGUACGUAUAUGCUACUGGAAGAUACACUGAUCGUGUUCGUCGCACAUCACUCGUACGGAUGGCAGGACAUCAAGCAUCAUCCAUCAUCACCAGUGCUGAUCUCAACCACACUGUGGCUUUCAUUGGAACUACAGGAGGACGACUCUUAAAGGUGCAUGUUGAGAAUAGUGUCCUCGCACGACUCUAUGAACGAGUAACAUUAGAUGGCAAUGCAGUCAUGGGGGACACAAUGCUGAAUGAAACAUCACAACAGGUGUAUGUGCUCACCAAACAAAAGCUUAUCAAAAUGAAUAUUGAGAACUGUGGUCAGUACACCACCUGUGAGGCGUGUAUUGGGACCGAUGCAGGGAAUGAUGGAGACCCAUACUGUGGAUGGUGCACUCUGGAAAGAAGAUGUACAAGGUACCUUGAAUGUCCAAUGCAGGAUGUAUCAACACGUUGGCUGGCCUACAAUAGUGCACAGUGCAUCAAAAUCAGUCAGGUUGCUCCACAUAACAGUCUUCCUAUUACUGAGACAGAUCAAAAGAUAACUUUAACAGUCCAACAGCUUCCAGAGCUGCUUGACAGUGAACAGUACGUGUGCAGGUUUGAGAAUCGGUUCAGCUUUCCAGCAGUCAACUACAACGGAGAUACCUUCGAUUGCCAAACACCCCCAAACAACUUGCCCACAAUACCAACUGGAGAGGACCAUGCUGUGGUUUUACUGAGUGUCAUGUCUACAGAAACAGGUGUGAACUUUGUCGACAUAGACUUUAACUUCUACGAAUGUAACACUCACAAAACCUGUGUGUCCUGUGUUGGCAGUCGCUGGGCGUGUAAUUGGUGUGUGUUUGAAAACAAGUGCACCCACGAUAAUACCACCUGCCAAAAGUCCAAUGAAAUCAUCAUAACAGGAAAUAACACCCGAGGAACAGCCAUGGAAGGACCAGAUUCAUGCCCUCAAAUCCUACAGCAAAGCAGUGAGAAACUCAUUCCAAAUCAAGUCAGCAGAGAUAUUUCUGUCGCUGUUGCCAAUCUUCCAGAUCCGUCUCAGACGAAAAGCUUUGAGUGCACUCUUACCGUAGAGGGCACUGAACAAAUGAUAGAAGCAGUACGUAGUGAUCCAAACGUGACCUGCAACAUGAGGCCAUACAACUACACAACCAAUGAGCAGGAGUUGAGGGUGGGUCUCACCUUACGAUGGACCGAUGCAGAUGACAAGGUGCACGUUCUUGACGAUAGAUAUCAGUUUACAGUGACUCUCUACAAAUGCGAGGUCCUUCGCCCUGACUGUAGCCGAUGUGUGUCUGAGGAAACUGCCCGUGCGAAGCUAGGAUGUGUGUGGUGUGGGAAUACCUGCGGGGUGAUGGACAGUGCUGUGUGUGACAACGCUCAGAUGGUCACUCCGAAUAAUGGGUUGAACUGCCCUGAUCCAGUUCUACAAAAAGUGUAUCCAUUGUUUGGUCCUAUCGAGGGGAACACGCUAAUUACCUUGACUGGUACCGACAUAGGGCGUCGGUUCAGCGACGUCAUCAAUGUGACUGUGGCAGGGAAAAUUUGUGCUUUGGAGAACAAAAACUACAGCACAGGAAGCAGUGUCAGUUGUACGACGCCACCAAAUGCCAGCAAUUCACGCAGGCGACGUGAUGUCUCGCCUGGCACACUGCGACUGCAAGUUGCAAUUACCGGUGCAGAUGGAAACACACAGCUAAGUCAGGGAGAUGAUGUUGUGUUUGGAUAUAAGGAUCCAAUGCUCAAUGCUAUGGUAGAUCCCAAUAUUGGCCCACGGUCAGGUGGUACAAGGCUCACUCUCUCCGGUGAAUCUCUGGAUGCUGGGAGAUACAUUCAAGUAUUUGUAGGUGACAUGCCUUGCGAGACUAACAGAUUGGAUGUCACAGAUGACAGCAUCAUCUGUAUUACGUCCCGUGCUGAAAAUAUCGGUACCUGGGGCGUCAAUGUCUCCUUUGAUGGUUCAUGGAGAAGGUCGGGGAACUAUUCAUAUGCUGUUGAUCCUGACGUGAGAUAUAUCGAUCCCUCAACAAGUGUCUUAGCGGGUGGUCGAAAGUUGACGGUCAACGGAUCCAGAUUUUCAAUUAUUCAGCAGCCACAGAUUGUCAUCACUCACGGGAUGAAACAACGGGAGUUUGUUGGGAACUGCACUGUGAAAAAUGAUGAGAUCAUGGUCUGCAUGUCGCCGGAAAUUGUCUUGCCCAAUUCAGCACUGCCAGAAGACUCGAGCGUCAAUGUGUCGACAGGAUUCAUCAUGGACAAUGUAGAGGAGCUCCGCACCUGGUGCAGGGUAGGCCAGCGGGACUGCACGCCUCUGGAGUACUUCCAGGAUCCCGAAUACUAUCCCUUCACUGAUGCGAUUUACAACUUGGAGGAUGGAAUCGGAAUGAAGGAAGGAAAUACCAUGAUUAUACAGGGAAGGAGACUGGAUCUGGCCAUUACAGACGAGGAGGUGACGGUCUACAUUGGGAAGGAACUUUGCACAGGAGUUACCGUUGAUGAGGGAGCCUUGUCAUGCACGCUACCAGAGGAGCAACCAGCGGCCGGGGAUUACCGCGGCAGGAACACAACUGACGAGCAACGUCUGCCCAUUGUCUGGGUGAUUCACGGUACCACGCUGUCCUUCAACAUCGGUUACUUCCGUUAUUUUCCCACUGACUGGACUAUUCUAAUAGCCUGCACAGUCAGCGUUGGUGUACUGGUGUUGGCAGUGCUGCUAGCUGUGGGUCUGCAGCGGAAGUCCAAAGCAGCACAGAAGGAAGUCGACAAGCGUCUGGAUGAUAUAGACAAGGUUCAGCAGGAUCUUGCCGAAGACAUGAGAACAGCCUUUGCCGAGCUGCAGACAGAUGUGUCAGAUUUGACCAGUGACUUGGAAGGAAUUGGUAUGCCGUUUGUAAGCCACCGAGAGUACACAACCAACAUGCUGUUCAUUGGCCAGGAAACCAAACCCUCAACAACCGACCCAGAGAACCCCGAGGAGCAUGUGGAGAGAGCAAUGAUGAAGUUCAGUGCUGCUCUGGGCAACAAGACCUUCCUGCUGAUGCUUCUGCAAACGUUGGACGCUCAGAGCAAGGCCAGACUCUCGGUCAUGGACAGAGGUGCAAUAGCUUCUCUGCUGACCAUUGUCAUGGUGGCUGAAGGCAAACUGGACUACCUGUCUGAUGUAUUGUUCACCUUGAUGUCCAGGUUGGUACAGGAUGAGCUAGAUGCUAACAGACCAAGGCAACUCUUCCGUCGUACUGAGACCAUUCUGGAGAAGCUGCUGUCUAAUUGGAUUACCCUCUGUCUCUACGAUUCACUGAAGGAUCACACAGCCUACCCAUUGUUCCUGCUGUACCGCGCCAUCAAGUGCCACAGUGAGCAUGGGCCCAUCGACAUCAUCUCUGGACAGGCCAAGUUCACGCUGAGCGAUGAUAAGUUACUCACAGAAGAAGUGGAAUACCGUGAGAUGGUGCUCACCGUCAUUGUGAAUGAUGCAGAUGGGGAAACCAAGGAAGUCAAGGUGCUAGACUUGGACACCAUCUCCCAAGUGAAGGAGAAGAUCUUGGAUGCCAUCUAUCGCAAUCAGCCCUACUCCAGCCGACCCAGUGCCCACCAAGUUGAUCUGGAAUGGCGUCAGGGUAAAGAGGGCCACUUAAUCCUGCGCGACUUGGACAUAACCAGCGCAACGCUGGAUGGAUGGAAGAGAGUGAACACACUGAAGUUCUACCAUGUUCCGAACAAGUCUACCAUGGCCUUAAUAGAAGUAUCGUCUGAUGGUACUCGGAGGCCUGCUGAUAAUGUCUAUGCUAAUUUGGCAUUCCAAGGGGGUGGAGCAAACAACUUUGAUGACAGCUACCCAACCAAACCGUCAGCUGCUCCCCGUAGUGCUUCCCGUAAUAAUCGCUACACCAUGGUAGAAAUAGACAUGGAUGAAAAGGCUAAAGCCUGGCAUCUGGUCAAGUUUGAGGAGGGGGAUCUUGAGUACCCCACCACGAAACGUCGGAAUAAACGCCUGUCCAAGCGCCUGUCCAGGAUCGCAGUGCAUCCCAAGAAACGGAUCCGUGAGCUCUACAUGACAAGACUCAUUGGCACAAAGGGCACCAUUCAGGAGUACAUUGACCACAUGUUCACCACCAUAUUGGACCCUGGCACGGCGCCCAAGGCUGUCAAAUACCUCUUUGAUUUCUUUGACAGCCAAGCCAUCAGACACAGUAUCCCAGAUGCAGAAGAUGCCAUCAAGACAUGGAAAGGAAACAGUCUGUCACUGCGUUUCUGGUCCAAUGCCAUCCGGCGUCCUGACUUCAUCUUUGAUAUCAAACCAUCUCGCUCAGUGGAGGCCAGUUUGGGAAUCAUCGCACAGGCAUUCUAUGAUGCCCACAAUACCAGCGAUCACAAGCUUGGCAAGGACUCUGAUCUGAGCAAGCUUCUCUUCAACAAGGAUCUGCCCCGCAUCCAGGGCUUGGUGGACAAUUACUACGAUGCCAUUUUCAACAAGCAGCGAGUGUCGCAGCAAGAGCUCAACAGGGAGAUGGCACAGACAUGCCAGAAUUUCACUGGUCUGUUCAGUAAGCUGAGCACUCUCCAGCAACUCUGGGACUAUGUCAAGAAGUACAACCAGAAGGUUGUGGAAGCCUGCGAAGAAGAUGAAGCUUGCCAGCAGCAGCAGCUGGCCUACAAGCUGGUUGAAGUUGAGACCUUUCUCCUGAAUGAAGACUGUGACGCCGAGCAACCAGUCUAAAAUGAUGUAACCAUGGUGCCUGUAACCACGGUGACUAACCAUCCAUCAUUUUCAGACUAUUAGUGUAUGUACAAACAGCAGCAACGGACAGCACACAUUACUGUCUCAUGUUGAACAAAUCAGACUGAAAAAACACAUAUUUUGGGUUUAAUAUUUCAUUGGAAUAAAAUUCUACUGAAAGUAAGUGCACAAUACAGGCAUUGCACAGCGGAGAUUCUGUACGAUUAUUGUAUAAUUAUUAUCUUGUGCAGAAAUUGAUAUUCAGCAUCUUAUCAUCAAAAUCUGGGCAUUUCAAUAUCAAUAGUUACUUGUCACACACUUCCAGUUUUUUAGAAAUUCUAUCACCGGAACAUGCCAAAUCUGACAGAGUUUCAUUGGUGUCAUCUGGCUUAGAUUAGGUGGUAUAUACAAUGAUGGCCAUGCACCCAAGUGUGUAUUUGCCUGCAACUGGGGACCCCCUAUUGUUCCUCUUUGGUUUGUACUUCAACUUUUUUACAA